GGGAGUUAAGCUUUCUUGAGAAAUGCAUCCGUUUGUUUUGUGAAAUUCUAUUUAAUAAACUUUGUGUAGUUAGAUAUGAGUUUAUGCCUAAGUGAAGUAUUAUUGUAAAGGUUGUUGUAUACCUACUUUUAGGGUUUCACAUUUAUGCGUUUGAAGUUGUUGUUGAUAAUUUUUGCAAUUCUCGCAGCACAUACUUGUGCUCUGUAACUAUAACUUCCUGCUUGAAAUGCUACCUUUUCUGGCCUUUAUAAAACAAAAUUAGUAUCAAUGGAUUCGGGAACAGAUUGGCUUUGCGAAAUCCUACAAAAUGUUCAACUGGAACAAUUUUAUUUACCAAUCAGAGACCAACUACAGAUAACAAGAUUAGCACAUUUUGAUUAUGUACAUGCAGAAGACUUAGAAAAAAUUGGCAUUAGUAAACCUGGGGUUCGAAGAUUGUUGGAUGCUGUUAGAAAAAAGAAAUUACAAUUAUGGAACAGAAAGUUUUGGAACAAGUUAUUCGGAUCUUCAUCUAGUUCUUUAAAUAGGGAAAAAACUGAUUUAGCCGUAAGGCCAGCAGUAGAAAAUGAAACCCAAACAACUUGUAUAAUUUUGGAAAAAGAUAUAAUAUUGCAUAAUGAACUCGGUAAUGGAUCAUUUGGAGUUGUCAAAAGAGGAGAAUGGAAAGUUUCUAACCAAUCUGGACAGUCAUUCCCAGUGGCUGUAAAAGUAUUAAAAGCUGAUGCUUUUUCACAACCAGGAAUAUACGAUGACUUCAGACGAGAAGUUGAGGCUAUGCACAGUUUAAAACACCCUAAUUUAAUUAAACUUCAUGGUGUUGUAUUUCAUCCUCUCAUGAUGGUGUGCGAGCUUGCACAAAUGGGAGCUUUGCUAGAUUAUCUUAGAGCCCAAAAUGGCAAAAUUUCUUUGAAUUACAUAUCAAAAUGGUCUAGUCAAGUGGCAGCUGGAAUGGCUUAUCUAGAGAAACAUAGGUUUUUACAUAGAGAUCUAGCAUGCAGAAAUAUUUUACUCUCUACAUUGGAAAUUGUGAAAAUUGGAGAUUUUGGUUUAAUGAGAGCCUUACCGGAUGCUGAUGACUGUUAUGUAAUGAGUGAGAGGAGACGUGUGCCCUUCCCUUGGUGUGCCCCUGAAUCUCUACGUACCCGUCAGUUUUCUCAUGCAUCCGAUGUUUGGAUGUUUGCUGUUGCUCUUUGGGAAAUGUACACUUUUGGAGAAGAGCCUUGGAUAGGCUUAAACGGCUCGGAGAUAUUACGGCUAAUAAUGCGUGAAGGCCAGCGUCUAACCGCGCCGAAUGCGUGUCCGCCAGACGUAUACAUGCUCAUGAUGCAGUGCUGGGACCUUAACCCUAAGGAAAGACCUACCUUUGCUGGAAUCCAGAGAUACAUGGAAACUAAUAAGUUUGAAACCACCAUUGCUGCUCUUAGCUAUAAAAGGCAAGGACAAAUGACCAUAGAGGCGGGGGAUGCCAUAGUGCUCAUUGACAAGAGGCCAGAACUUCACUGGUGGAAAGGCCAGAAUCAACGAACUUUAGAAGUUGGUCUCUUUCCAAGUACUCUGGUGCCAUCAGGAAAAGGGAAAAGCAGUCAAUUGAGCAAGAAACCACAGACAGUCUCACCAGUAAGAAGAGCAUCCACACUGUCCAACAACGCAUCGGUCAUAACUAACGGCUCAUCCGACGAUAGCGACAUAGUGCUGCGCAAACGUCGAACUAUCGAAUCUACUCAACCCACUUCCACUCGCGGCGGCAACACUGGCAGCAAACAUUUUAACUACAACAAGCUCGUUAACGACAGGGUUGCGGCAAACCAGAGGCUGUCGCGCUCUGCACGAGACGCUUACUCUAGAAGCUUGAACCAAGUAAAAGAAGACCUGUUAAUAGACUUGGACUUACCACCUUCUACGCGGCUAACAUCGCCAACAAAAAAACCUGUCAGCCAAAACAUAUCAAUAUUGGAUGAGCCUAUCGAUGUGCCUGAAGCUGGUCAAGAGACCAGUUGGGGCGAGCCGAGUGUCGAAAGUCUUCCUUCUUACUCCACACACAGUCAAAAUUUGCAGAUUUACUCUCACCUAUACGGUGCCAAGUCUUUAGACAAUCUUGCGAUGCCGUCUACCUCGCAAAUGUCUUUAGUCCAACCUGAUCCUUUCGACACGGACCAAGUUUGGCCUACAAACAGCUCUGAAAGGUCAAACUAUGACACAAACAUUUACGCUAAUAACAGACAUGAUGAAUCUCAAAGGUACUCCAUAGGUAGUUUCACCACAAUUAAUUCUGACACUGCACAAGUUUACAACAACCUGAUGCCGAAUAACAGAAGCAAUACAAAUAACAGUUAUAGUGCUAUCCCCAAUGCUACUUACGCGAACAGCAGUGCCCUAUGUUUAGAAAGGAAUGAAUCUAGUGUCGCCGCAUCUCUAGCGGAGAUGUCACUCGACGACAGAAUCUCGGAAUCGUUGAAUCUCAGAUCGAAGAAUACCAAUUGUGAUAACGUAUAUUCAAAUAGCGACGUUUACGCUACGGCCGGCGCUGCGUCUGUCGAUACCAGGUAUAAAGACAUACCCAUUUAUAAUAACUUUGACAUAAACCCCGCUCAGCACCAAUUCCUGUUGGAGACGAAGGAUUAUUACACUAAGUUGUCGACGCCUUCGGGAGGUAAGUCGAGCAAUGAUUACGGGAAGAACAUCUACGAGCCCAAAUAUGAGCAGGAAGCGGAGAAACUACAGAAUUUCAGUGACACUUUGGAGAAUUCGAAGAAUUUUACAGUGAUGAAAUAUCAGAAUGUGGAUUAUGGUAAUUACGCCAAUUUCGGUGGUCGUUACGGUAGUGCGUCGACGUCGCGCCAGGAAGCGGUGUACGAUGAUGUGAACGAUACCGCCAGUAACGUUUACAGUGAGAUCGGGGAGUCGAGUCUGGGUGUUUAUGGUCACACGACGGCCACAUUGUACGAUGAAGUAUACGAGGAACCGACUCCAAGACCUCAUCGGCCCGCACCGCCUUGCCCUACUAAACCUAAGUAAGUUAUGUGAACAUAAAUAAUUUUAAUUUCAUACCUACAUAUGAAAAUAUUUAGUUAGAUACAUAUCGACUUUUAAAUUUUUUAUUAGCAAAGUUUUGUGAAGUCGAAUUGCCUGCGUAUAUUUACGGAAUGUCUGUUAAAAAUAUAAUAUUGUUUAUUUGUAAAUAUUUCAUUUUAAAGUAAAGAAAGUAUGAGGAAUAUUGCGCAGCUGGAAUAUGUGAUAUGAUUAUUUUCGCAUUCUAUACACAUUGUUCUUUUCGGUCGUGUAUGUGUAAAUUAUUCUGAAUUGAAUGUCUGUAGUGUAUAGGAUCUGUUUUUUAUAACUGGUACUAAUUUGCAAAAAAUACUUUUUUUUUACACCUAGAUUAUAUAAUGUACGGCUUAUUUUUAGAUUAUUUUUAAUUUUCGUGUCAUUUUUACAAUCUGAAUAGAAAAUAAUUAUAAACUUACAACAUGAAACUCGAAUACAACAAUGACAAUAUGUAUAUUUUUUUAAUAAUCUGAGAUUAUUGGUGUGUGUAAAUAGUGCAAUAAUUAAAAUUUAGCAGGUACUUAGGUAACACAAAACAUAGACACAAGCCUGAAAUUGAUUCUAACUAAUCCAUAGAUAGUUUAACUUAUAGUGCAAAAACUGGAUCCUUAUGUCUAAAAAUAAUUUGUGUGUUUUAUUGAUUAUAUUGACUUCCGCACUCCAGUUGCUAAAGAAAUUGAGCUAUGUUUUCUUAAGAGGAAAAGUCGGUUUCAAAUGAGGCCGAAUCGUAUCUUGUCCCUUGUCAAUGAAUACCAUUUUUAAAGUGUUAAGCAGUACACUUUAACAACUGCCUUUAAAACAAUUAUUACGUAUAACGUUUCAAGUAAGACUCCCAUUUUGCAUAAUGAUACAAUGGAGGCCAGUACAGUUAUUUACCGUGUUCUAAAGGACUUUUAACUACGGAAGGGAGUAGCCAUAGUGAUAUAAUACCUACUUUUCAAAACAUUCAGCCAUAUCUUGCGGGGGGGGGGGGGGG